GACGGUUAACUUGGGAACACCUAACGCAGUGGCUGCUAUUUUGCAUUUACCGAAAUCUCUGAAUUUUUCCAUGAAAAUGAUGUCUCUCAGCCGCAAUUUCCUCCAGGCUGCUAGAGGAGCCGGAAGUUUAGUCUCACGCUCCAAGCAUACCCUACCACAACUUCCCUAUGACUAUGCUGCCCUGGAACCCAUCAUAUGCCGCGAGAUUAUGGAGUUGCACCAUCAGAAACAUCACCAAACCUACGUGAAUAACCUCAAUGCAGCUGAAGAGCAACUCCAGGAGGCACUGCAAAAGAAUGAUGCCUCCAAGAUUAUUGCUCUAGGGGGUGCCCUCAAGUUCAACGGUGGUGGACAUAUCAAUCACACCAUUUUCUGGAAUAAUCUCAGCCCUGAACGAUCGGAUCCGUCGAAGGAACUGAAGGAAGCCCUCGAGAAGCGCUUUGGAAGUUUUGAGAACUUCAAAAAGGAACUCUCGGGAAUCACUGUGGCUGUUCAAGGUUCCGGCUGGGGAUGGUUGGGGUACAAUAAGAAGACGAAGCAGGUUGAUAUUGCUGCUUGUGCUAAUCAGGAUCCCCUGGAAGCUACCACAGGACUUGUUCCGCUCUUUGGGAUUGAUGUCUGGGAGCAUGCCUACUAUCUUCAGUACAAGAAUGUUCGCCCAUCAUACGUUCAGGCUAUUUUCGACAUUGCUAACUGGAAGGAUGUCUCCAAGCGCUUCGAAUUAGCACAGAAGAGCUAAACAUAAAAGAAAAUUUUCAUUGCAUUUAGAAAAGAGAAAGAUUUGCAAAAAUAGAGGGAAUAAAUAUUUCUGUUCAAGGUUCUUGAUUGAAAAAAUAUACAGAAGUAUGUAAUUUCUAAUAUUAAAAUUAUCUAUAUAAUAAAGAAAGGUAGGUCUCUCUAUAA